AAAACAACAUAUUUUUACAGUUACACAUAGGUGACUACUCAUUACAAUCACAUCUUUGAAUCUCACAUCUGCUAGACCUCCUGUGUGCGGCAUAGCUAGCUAGUUAGAGUAUCUAUAUGCGAGUAGGCGUGUGCGUGUUCUUUAUCAGCUUGGCAGUGACGCAAGGUAUUCCUACACACCUCAGCCGUCGUGUCACUCGCGUCGCUUGCCACCCGCUCACCAUCGCGCGGCUAAGCUGUGAGGAGGGGCACGCACUCUCGCCGCCCUCUCGUAAUCACAACUCGGUGAUAUUACUCAGUGGAAAGGAAAAUAACAGUCCCACACGAGGGGAUUUUUAAGUGCUGUGUGAGUGACUUCCCGCCAGCCAGUGUGCCUCGAUUAUCAAGGUAACCACAACUACCACCACCACCACCACCACACAGCCUCAACCACCACCACCACCAUCACCACACAGCCGCCAUGUCGAAAAAAUCGAUCAGUGUGCGGAUCACUUCUAUGGACGCGGAGCUGGAGUUCGCCAUCCAGUCCUCCACCACAGGCAAGCAACUCUUCGAUCAAGUAGUGCGGACCAUCGGCCUGCGAGAGAUAUGGUACUUCGGCUUGCAGUUCGUGGACAAGAAAGGGUUUACCACGUGGCUGGUGCUCAACAAGAAGGUACUACAACAAGUCAGAAAGAAACACGAGGAUAUUCUGCAGUUCAAGUUCAGAGCGAAAUUUUUCCCCGAGGAUGUCGGUGAGAUCAUUCAGGACAUAACACUGCGAAUGUUUUACCUACAAGUGAAGAACGCAAUCCUUAGUGAUGAAGUGUACUGCCCCCCUGAUGCUGCAGUUCUCCUCGCCUCCUACGCCGUGCAAACCAAGUACGGAGAUUACGUGCCAGAGUACCAUAAGCAAGGCUACCUGGCCAACGAUCGCCUCCUGCCCCAGAGAGUGAUGGACCAGUUCAACCUGACCAGAGACGCUUGGGAGGAGAAAAUAACGAAGUGGCACAAGGAACACAAAGGUACCUUGAGAGAGGACGCGAUGAUGGAGUACAUGAAGCUAGCACAAGAUUUGGAUAUGUACGGCGUGAAUUACUUCGACAUCAAGAACAAGAAGGGCACUCAAGUCUCCCUCGGCAUUGAUGCUUUGGGGAUCAAUGUUUAUGACCCUGAAGACAAACUCACUCCCAAGAUCGGCUUCCCUUGGUCUGAGAUCCGCAACAUCACCUUCCACAACAAGAACUUCAUCAUCAAGCCCACAGAUAAGAAAUCUCCAGACUUUAUCUUCAUCGCCUCCCACGUACGGGUGAACAAGACCAUCCUGGCGCUGUGUAUGGGCAACCAUGACAUGUAUGUGCGGCGCCGCAAGGCUGACACUAUUGAGGUGCAGCAGAUGAAGAUGCAGGCACGGGAGGAGAAGGCCGCCAAACUCCUUGCUUCGGAAAAACUUGCCCGUGAGGUGUCCCUGAGAGAACAAGCAGAGAAGCGACAGCACGAAUACGAAGAACGCCUCAGGAAAAUGAACAUGGAGGCAAUGGAAAGACGGAGAGAACUUGAAGAGGCGCAAAACACAAUCUACCGCUUGGAGAAACAGCUGGACGACUUGAAGACAGCCAAGGAUGAGCUGGAGGAGAAGCAGAGGGAGCUGCAGGUGAUGAUGACACGUCUGCAGGAGGCCAAGGAGCUGGAGGCAGGGGAGAAGCUCAGGCUGGAGGAGGAGAUACGCCAGAAACAGGAGGAGGUUGAACGCAUUCGGGAUGAGGUUAACGAGAAGGAUGAGGAGGCCAGGAAGCUGCAGGAGGAGGUACAGGAGGCUCGGCGCAAGGAAGAAGAGGCUACACUGGCUCUUCUCCAAGCCUCCACUGCACGCAAGGUAUCCGUCUCCUCCUCCUCAUCAUCAUCAUCAGAAGACGAGGCAGAACAAACAAAGCAUGAAGUCAGAAAGAUGUCCGCCACUUACCAGCAGAGUGCCCCCAACGGGGACAUAUGGAUUGGAGAGAGGAGUUCUGGGUCAUCCAGGAGUGCCACGCCUGGACCACCUGCUGCCACUGAGGACAUCUACAGCAGGGAAGCCUCCAGUGUUAAGAGGAUGGAUCUUCUGGAGAAAGUGAAGAUGUCCCUGCAAAGUGAACUCAUUCCUGAGGGAAUGACAACUCUGGACCGCAUCUACCACCGCAACAUUAACGACGGCAACACCAAGUACAAGACACUGCGGGAAGUGCGCAAGGGAAACACCAAGCGGAGAGUGGAUCAGUUUGAGAACUGGUAAAGUGCAUCAAGUACCUGAGAGGAAGGAUUACUCAAGCACUGAUGAUGCCAAGGCACAAGUCUUGUAUUUCCCAUUUAGGUUAAGUAAACUUGUAGCAUGUCAAGUUCAAAUGUUGGAGAGAAGGUUCCCUUUUGUCAGAAAACUGUUUUAUUACUGUGCAGUGCAGACAGAAACAAUUCACUAACUAGCAUUCCCUUUCCUCAAUGUGGCAGUCACACAGUCACUAGCCACACACUUGGGGAAUCCAGAGUCUUGCUAGCAGUUUUUCAUCCCCAUUAUGUCUGAUUUAGAAAACCAUCAAAAUAUUUCAACUCCUCAAAUAUCAACCUGUCAUGUGCAUACUGUACCUCAUACUGACUUGACUAUGUAUCAAGCUAGGGGGCUGAUUAGCAAUAUAUUUUAAUUCUGUAACUGGUAUACUUUGUUGAUGGAUUGAGGGGAGUGAGUGCUUCCUCCUCAGUAUGUUUUAUUCCCACAGUGAGACAAGGUGUGACAUCUUGCCUGGCCUUCCCUCCUUUAAGGGUAUACCAGCCUGAUAUAUAGACUUUAUUAAUGUAAUAAUUGGAACGGUUUUGACAGUGUACAUAAUUGAUGAUAAUUUGAGUUUAGCAUGUUUGUAGCAGUAGUGCAGCAUUCUGUCUUCCUUGCCCACCACUUGUGCACCAAGAGGAGACGAGGCUGUGAUUCACUCAGUGUCUAGUGUCCAAGGACAGACUGCACCUGUGUUUAGGUUACUUCACUAAUCAAUUACAAGAAGAAUUAUGUAUUUCACUUUGAAUUUUGUUAAUUACCAAGUUUUUUUUAGGUAAAUUUAGAAAUAUUGUAUGUACUAGUGUUAUAAAGAUCAUUUGACUA